UUGCAGACAAAAUGGAUUGAUGUGAUUUUCUAUUAUGUUAGGGCAUUAGCUGCGCGUUAUCCUUUUGAAACUGCUCGGCAGCCGCUUUUCACUGCAUUAAAUCAUGUCCGAAAAAAGGUAAAUGAAUUUGAAAUAGACUUUAAUACCCGAAUUGGUAAUAUCAGAACGCGCGAAGCCGAAACAUCUGCUGCGCGAGCAGACAGACCUCAAGAAAUUUGGAUAGCUCAGGACGGAAAACUUUCUUCAGGAGAUUAUGCUAAUAUUACUGAUCAUAAAGCCGUUCAUAUAUUGAGUUCAGUUUCUAAUGUUGAGCUCUAUCGUCGCACAAUACCAUAUGUCCUUCAUACAGCUGGUCUUCUGAUCACGAAAAUAGGUAUGGAGGAGUACGACAGCAUUAGUGAGCGAGCACUAUUUCAGCUAUCUCAACUUAUAUCUUGUGAUGAGUGUCCUCUUUCUUCUUUACAUCUUGUUCAGCUGUGCACUCUUUUUCUGUACGCUGUUCACAGCCUAACACUAAAAAACACUGAGCCCGGUACAUGUUCUUUGCAACAACAGCAAGCAGUUCAAAUGGUAUUAAGCUUAUUCGGAGUAGUUUUAAGCCCAAUUUAUGAUCAUUUACAAGACUUAUCUAAUAUUUUAAUUGGCUCUGCUCAAUUGCCAUUGAAGAUGCGUCGUGUGUUGCCAGCUGUUUUCGUAAUCUCUGAAUGGUUGUCGAUGCCAUCUGUUAAUCGCUUAUACAGAAGUAUGCCAUCACUGGAAUCCAUUGAAACAUCGCUUAUUCAAGUUGAUACGUGGAAAUUACUUGCCGAUGUUGCUAACUUCUUGGUUGAAGCUGAGUCGCAAAAGAUUUUAUCACGAACCAUUCCAUGCUCGGACGUGAAAUCAGAAGUUUAUAUAGAGCUUGUACUUCCUGAAUCAAUUUUUCUGGCAUCUUUCAUUGAUGUGUUCACGGUAUUACCGAAGUCAUUACGAAUGUCUGUUUUAAAGAACGUCGACCUUUCCAACAAUUUACCUCUUUUGGCACUUCAUGCUCGUUUAUCUUCUGUAUUAUCGGCAGCGGAAUAUUUGGAUGGAUCUGAACUACCAUGUUUUCGAUUCAGUGAACAUUUGCGCUGUUUUGCUGUAGUACGGAGUGAUUCACCUGUAAAUUAUCAGACGAAGCAAGAAAAAAAUAGCGAUGAACUGUAUGAGGCUUCCGAGUUGAAGCAUGAAGUAGAAGUGCAGGAUUUUGAUCAGUUUUCUGAUGAGCACAAGCAGUAUCGGCAGACUGUUCUUGAAAAUCAAAUAAAACAGGAGCUUUUGGAACGUGAAACAAAAGGAAAUAGAGUGAUUAUUGAAGUACGACCGAAAUACCUAGUACCAGAUACAAAUACUUUUAUCGAUCAUUUGGUGUCCAUUAAGAAGAUUGUGGACAGUCAUAGAUUCACUGUGCUUGUACCAACAACAGUUGUCUCUGAAUUAGAAAAUCUGUCGCGACUAGUCUCAUCUAAAUCUUCCUUUGGAGUAGAAGAAUUUCAAGAUUGUUAUGUUGGUGAACGAGCGAAGGAGGCAAUUGUUUACUUAAAGGAUUUAGUUGGCAAGCAAUCUCAAGUGUAUACAAUUACCAGCAGAGGGAACCUGUUAAAUUCUGUUAUGUUUGCUACGGAAGAAAGUUACAGUUCAGGAGAAUUAACGGUGGUGAAUGACGAUAUCAUCCUCCUAAGCUGUGUGAAUUUUGCGAAGACGCGAUCUAAUCCUCCUUCUUCUUCAGAAGCACAAUUAACUACAGGAUCACUUUUAAAUGUGGAACAACCAGUAAGGCUUUAUCGCAGUGUAGUUUUAUUGACUGAAGAUCGUGCACUGAAUAUAAAAGCUGUGUGCGAAAAUAUGCCAUGCAGAACAAUACCAAGUUUUAUGAAAUGGGCUUGUCUAGAUUGA